AUGACUUCGCUAGAUGCAGGUUCUAAUAGUGUAGGAAUAGCUACAUCAACCCCUAGAGUUGAUAGGUUAAGUUCUAGUCAAGGUGCUAGAAGUAAGCUUAUGACAAGAGUCAAUCAGCGCUCUUUGUCCUCUCCUGUGAGUGAGACUGAGAUGCAUGAGAGUGAUUUAGAUACUAGCAUGAGUUCACAGAUUUCAGAUUUAGAACAAGUGCUGCAGGACCUCACUACCGACUAUGAGAGAUGUAAGCAUGAGCUGGAGAAAACUCUCAGACAAAGACGUCAUGUGUCAUUUGCUGAAGGUAAUGAUAGGGACAGGCAAGCAAGCCAGAAUAAAGUUGUAAGAGAGACAGUGACUCCCUUAGACAGAGUGAAAGAAACAGAGAGUUUGAGUACCUCACCUGCACAAAUAAACUUUGCACAGAGAGACAGAAGUGAGAAUCUCAGUAGGUCUCAGACAAAUAUGUCUACACUGCCCAGUACCCCUGAAAAUCUUGGUAGACCUAAACGUAGAGAAAAAGAACCAGACAAGUUUGAUGGUAGAAAUGUAGCAUGGCAGGAUUACUUUGUUCAUUUUGAACAAGUGUCUGACUGGAAUAAUUGGUCAUAUGAAGAGAAGUCUCAGCAAUUAGUUAUGUCAUUAAGAGGGGAGGCACAGAAAAUUCUAGGUGACCUAUCUCAAGAACAAAGAAAAGAUUAUGACAACCUUAAGUCCAUUUUAUCUAGCAGGUUUUGUCCUAAAGAACUAGUUGUUGCACAUAGAGUAGAUUUUAGAUCACGUCUUAGAAAACAGAAUGAAAGCCCUUCAGAUUAUGGAUUUGCACUUAGGAGGUUAGGAAACUUAGCUUUCCCAGACAUGGCUUAUUCUGAUAGGGAAAUUGUUAUUUUAGAGCAAUUUAUGAGUGGAAUUGGAAAUUCUGAAAUUAGAUCUCAUGUCAUUUUACAUCAUCCUAAGACUUUAGAGAGUGCCAUUUCACUAGCAACAGAAUUUGAAGCAGUUAAAGGGCCACAACUCUUCAUCACUAAACCUAGUGUAAAUAGUGUUAAGACAGAGAAUGAAGAUACACAUGUUAAGACCUCUGAUGAGUUAUCAAGCUUAGUUCAAACCUUAGAGAAAUGUGUUAACAAAAUAGCAAAUUCUUACCGGGGUGGUAGAAAACAAACAGGGAAAGUGAUAGAGUGUUAUAAAUGCCAACAGUUAGGACACAUAGCAAGAAACUGUCAUUCACACAACACUAGUGCUAGGGUAGAGAAAGAUAAUACAUCCCCUUCUCACACACCAUCAGUUAGAGAUCAGGAAAACUUGCCAGGGUUGCAUUCGAAGCCCACAGUGUGA